ACAAAGAAGGAGACGCCAUAACCUCUCCUCUCGUCUGCUCACAUCCAGCACAUUUCAAAAGCCACAGCUCAAAACUCGCCUCAAGCCUCAAGCCUCAACCCGUUGACAACGCGCGCCCGCUCACACGGAAAGGCGACCAACAAACACAGCGAAGCAGCAUUCCCGCUUUUCUCUUGUAUUUUUUGCCUUGUUUUUCUUCUUCCUCCUCUUCUUCUUCUGCUCUUCGCCCUUGGCAGAAGCUCCACGAUUCUCGAUUUGUUCUUAUCGAUCUGGAGGUCAGAUUCACUUCUCAUGACGAUCUGGUUUUGGAUUUGAGAUUGCAUUUUCACCACGAGACAAUGAUUGGCAGCUGAAGGUUUGAGUGGCCUCCGUGUUCCAUACUUGCUUUAUGAGACAAGUAGAAAUGUCGAACGAAGCGUUGUGGCAGGUGAAGAGAAAAAGUAGAAGACAAAUGAUACGCUGGAUUCGGGACCUGUGAUAAGCGAUCUCAAUUUCAUUGCUGAAACUGGAGUUAAUAAGCUGAGAAAAGCUCGGAACUGGGUUCGAUGGGUGGGGAGGAGGCAGUGACCGGUGGAGAGGAGACAAUCUUUGUUUCAGUUCGUAUUCGGCCUCUGAAUGACAAGGAGCGCGCCAAAAAUGAUGUGUCAGAUUGGGAAUGCAUCAGUAACACGACGGUCAUACACAGGAACAACAUUUCAGCUUCCGACCGGUCUCUGUACCCAACGGCGUAUACAUUCGAUAGAGUAUUUGGAACCGACUGCUCCACAAGGCAGGUGUACGAAGAAGCAGCUAAAGAAGUUGCUCUUUCAGUUGUCAGUGGCAUCAACUCAAGCAUUUUUGCAUAUGGACAAACAAGCAGCGGAAAGACAUACACCAUGAGCGGCAUAACCGAGUAUACUGUAGCAGAUAUUUAUAAUUACAUAGAAAAGCAUGAGGAACGAGAAUUUGUCUUAAAGUUCUCUGCAAUCGAGAUCUAUAAUGAAUCUGUAAGGGACCUCCUUAGUUUGGAUAGUACUCCACUCAGAUUACUUGAUGAUCCAGAGAGAGGGACUGUUGUUGAGAGACUCACAGAGGAAACCUUGAGGGACUGGAACCAUUUUAGUGAACUUAUUUCUUUCUGUGAAACUCAAAGGCAAAUAGGGGAGACGUCCUUGAAUCAAGCAAGUUCCAGAUCACAUCAAAUUCUCAGACUGACCAUUGAAAGUUCUGCACGUGAGUUUUUAGGAAAUGACAAAUCAAGCUCUCUUGCGGCUUCUGUGAAUUUUAUCGAUCUAGCAGGGAGCGAGCGUGCAUCCCAGACAUUAUCUGCUGGAGCAAGGUUGAAGGAGGGUUGCCACAUAAAUCGUAGUUUGCUCACCCUUGGAACUGUUAUCCGCAAACUCAGCAAGGGGAGAAAUGGACAUGUUCCUUUCAGAGAUUCAAAGCUAACCCGCAUUCUGCAGUCCUCCUUAGGGGGCAAUGCUAGGACUGCAAUCAUCUGCACCAUGAGCCCUGCUCGGAGCCAUGUUGAACAAACGAGAAAUACCCUUUUAUUUGCAAGUUGUGCCAAAGAAGUGUCGACUAACGCACAGGUCAACGUGGUGGUGUCUGAUAAAGCGUUGGUUAAGCAACUGCAAAGAGAAUUGGCUAGACUAGAGAGUGAGUUGAGAAAUUCAGGAUCAGCCGGCCGCGCAUAUGAAUCUACUGCAUUGUUGAGAGAAAAAGAUCUUCAAAUCGAAAAGUUAAAGAAAGAGGUGGCAGAGCUAACUAUACAACGGGAUCUUGCUCAGUCUCAGAUUAAAGAUAUGCUUCAAGCGGCAGAGGACGACCUGUCCUCGAUAGAAUUGGAAAGUCCAGACCCUCAAUAUCCCAAAUUACGGGUACGAGGUUCAUGGGACUUGGAAAAUCAUAGAGGGAAACCUAAUUUAUCAAGUCUUAACUGUAUGGAGAGCGUCAGAUCUUUCAAUGCAUCUCAAUAUUCGGAUGGGCACAGUGUUAGUUCUGAUGAGAACUUGUUCCAACUUCCUGACUUCGAAAAGAACCUUCCCGGCGCAAAUCAUUCCCCACGACCGUCCUUUACAGAUUUGGAUGCUGUAGAUAUUGAAUUAAGUCCGAGUCAUAUUGAACAAGAAAAUGAUGAAAAUUUAGAGGGACACUGGAAGGAAGUUAGAUGCAUUGAGUCAGAAGACAUAACUACUAACAAAGUUACACCCUCAACCAUAGCAGAUUCAAGCCCAAAUCCAUACAUUCACUCUAAUGCGUCCUCUCCAGGUGCCAAUACGAGUAACUCAGGAUUGACAAUAGUUGACAAUGGAGGAAAGAUGGAUUUAGUUUCCUCUAGGAUAAAGGAAGACAAAGAAUCGAACAUCUUCCACCAAGAUUUUGUCGUCCGCCCUAUGGGGCAAACAUCUCCUUGCCAGUCAGAAACAUAUAGCUCUAGAGGCUUGAAGCUGCAUAGAAGUAGAAGCUGUAAAGCGAGCCUCAUGAUGAAUUCAUCUUCAUAUUGGUUUGACAAGGAAGAAAUAAUUGAGAGCAAGACCUCGAUUGGGAUUGAAAAUGAAUUCACAGCAAGUCCAGGCGGCUUUCAGCAGAAGGUUUGUGCUCUUGACUAUUAUGCCACUGCUGAGACGCAGUCAGGGAAUGAUUCCAGGAAUUCUGAUGAGAAUGGUUCUGUUGAUGAAGUACCGAAUAUCGAAACCUCCAUUGACAUGGAAAGUGAAGCAAAUAAAGCUUCCUUUCCUGAGAGAAAGGAAGAGGAAGAUCUUGUAAGCGUAAAUCAAUCGAUCGAUCAUAAGGAAAAGGAAGAUCUUGUAAGCGUAAACCAACCGAUCGAUCACGAGGAAAAUGAAGAUCUUAAAACCACAAAUCAACCAAUCGAACAUAAGAAGGAAGAUCUCGUAAACGUAAAUCAUUCCAUCGAUCACAAGGUUCCAGAGACGGGAUUAGAGACCCCCAUAUCUGCCAAGAGUUUCAAGGAUGUCGGCUUGGACCCAAUGCAAUCUGAUGGAGAAAGUCCUUCAAACUGGCCUACAGAAUUUAAGAGGUUCCAAAGAGAGAUCAUUGAGCUCUGGGACGCUUGUAAUGUUUCAUUGGUUCACAGAACUUACUUUUUCCUUCUAUUCAAAGGUGAUUCCUCAGAUUCUAUCUACAUGGAGGUGGAACUGAGGAGGCUUUCCUAUCUCAAGCAAACCCAAGGUGAUCUGACCGUGAAAGAUGGACAAAUACUCUCUUCAAGCAGCGUGAGAAAUCUUCGGAGGGAACGGCAGAUGUUGAGCAGGCAAAUGCAAAGGCGGCUAUCUAAAUCUGAAAGAGAGAACCUAUAUCUAAAGUGGGGUAUCCGUUUGAGUUCAAAAAACAGGGCCUUGCAAUUGGCUCACCGUUUGUGGACUGACACAAAAGACAUGGACCACAUUGCAGACAGUGCCGCCGUUGUUGCUAAGCUGCUUGGUUCUGUGGAACCCAAACAAGCUUUCAAGGAAAUGUUCGGACUCAACUUUGCUCCUCGUCGUCCUACUCGAAGAUCGUUUGGAUGGACAUUCAGCAUUAAGCAUAUCUUGUGAAUAUGAUCCUCAUAUAGAAACGACCUCAAUACAGGAGUAUUGAUUUCUACGGCUUCAUUUAACAUAGAUAAUUCAUUUCUUUUUCCCUCACUUGUGUAAGCCUCCUAAUAUGUAUUUUCUGUUUGUGAAUCUGAUUGCUGGUGACUGUCAGAUUCUGCUUGUUACUACUAAUGUGCAUAUUCACGUCAUGAUUAUCUUUUCCCCUGAAC